GAAGCAUCCCUGAAGAGAAACGUUCAUCGCCGCUUGCUGUGACCAAACUCACCUGUAAGGAUUUCCUGACUGUCACAGCAUGGAGAAUCGUUUCACCUCUUCCUUCCCUGUUUCAUGCCAGAACUCUAGAGACUAUAAUCUCACAACCAUCUGUCCUGACAACCAAACUGUAAACUCAACAUCUCCAGCUCUACUUAACCCUCCAGCAUUUGGGAUGUCCUACUUCACCAUGACCCUUGGUGCGCUGUCUAACCUAACUGCAUUAGCGAUCCUUGCCCAUUCCUACGCCCGCUUACGCCGGCGAGCCAAAGUACCGUUUCUACUGCUGGCUUCAGUCCUGCUGGUAAACGACCUGGCUGGUCAUGUGAUCACAGGGGCUUUGGCGCUUCACCUCCAUCUUGGGAGGGUGAAACAUCACAGGGUGGCAGUAAUAGUGGAGCCACCACAGGUCUACUGCAAAUUAUUUGGCGGUUGCAUGGUGUUUUUUGGCCUUUGCCCUCUGCUGCUUGGUAGUGCGAUGGCCGUGGAGCGCUGCAUAGGUAUAACACAACCUCUCCUGCACCCAACGAUUGUCACCAUGACACGCGUCCGCCUCACCGUGCUGCUGAUCACCUUCACCGCCCUCGUUUUGGCAGGACUCCCUCUGCUAAAUGUGGGCGAUUACAAACCACAGUUCCCUGGCACUUGGUGUUUCUUACCUGUUAACAGUCUGCUCUCCAUCACUGAUGCAAACCUCGCUUUGGCUUUUUCCACACUGGGGCUUGUAACAUUGACUGUCUCUGUUGUGUCCAAUACUAUAAGUGGGCUGAAGUUGUUCCAGGCAAGGUUUAAGGACCGAUGUGUCAAGUCAAGCAUCACCCGGAGACAUGGAUCGUACUCAUCUUCGCCUCUGCACUCCCUGGAUGUGGAGAUGAUGACGCAGUUGGCUGCGAUAACAGUGGUCUCCUGUGUUUGUUGGAGUCCAUUUCUUAUUUACAUCCUCAUAUCCGUUAGCAGGUUUUAUGAAGGGAUCCGAAGGCCGAGGCGUCCGUGUGAGAAGAUGCUUCUCUUGGCUCUUCGCUUGGCGAGCUGGAACCAGAUUCUGGACCCGUGGGUCUACAUCCUCCUCCGGAGAGCGGUUCUGCGCAGACUGCUUCAGCUUCUGCAGCCGGACAGACUCGUGUUUACACACAGCGGCUCCUACGCAGACUCACACAGGAAGAAAAUUAGUUUACACUGAUCACACACCUGUUUACACUCAUUUCAAAUAUGUUUACAUGUGGUCACUCACCAAAAAUAUAUGAAAGGAAGCAUUUAAAGAAUGUGCUCAAAAAAAACUGUUUGAAAAUUAUUGUUUUUCCUUGUAAAAGAAGCAAUCUUUUAGUAUCUCUUAAAAAAUUAUUCAAUAAAAGGUUCCUUGAGAGAGAACACUUUCAUCAUUGUUUAAGUACAUCUUUAAAAAGUUAUAUUUGUAAUAAUGUCAGAUUUUUGUUCUUAUUUAAGGUACUUUUGAUAUCAUUUUAGGAAUUAUUUAUUAAUAAAAACGUGUUAUUCUUUUAAAGUAGCUAUAAUAUUUAUUAUUUUCAACUUGGUCACUUAUUUAGUAAGAAAUAUGCUGAAGUGUACUUCUUUUUCACAAGGGUUGAGUUUACAGUUUACAAAAAUGUGUAUAGUAACCACCAUAAUAGUUAUAACAAAAUAAAGAAAAUAAAUGUAAAAAGAAAAAAAACUAAUCCCAUUCAUCUCAGUGGUGAAGUAUGCUACAACCUUGGCUUCAUUGUAAAUCUGCAAUUUUAUAAUCCCUCAAAUGCCCCACAAAUGUCCUCUACAUUAUGUUUCUUUUAUUAUUAUUUUUUAUUCUACUUUUAAAAAAAAAGUUUACAAUAUAUUUACAAUAUAAUUAUAAUUAUAUCUAUAUAUGGUUUAGUUUUCUACGUUGGUACUUAGCGAAUGAUUACUCUUUAACGGGUGCAAUUACUUGAGCAGUAAAUCUGUUAUUUAUUGUCACAAAAGUUUGUGCAUAAAAGUUACAGUGCUGUCGAUGUCUCUAUGUCUACUUAUGAACCUGUUAAAUGCAUUCUGUUGAUAAAAAAAACACUUGAUGUCUUGAUUUUCU